AUGAAGUCCCUGGUGCUGCUCUUCCUGCUGUCUGUGGGCGCAGCCAGCGCGGCUGUCUCACCCCGGGCCCUGUGGGAGUUUCGCAGCAUGAUCAAAUGCACCAUCCCCGACAGCCACCCUCUGCUGGAAUUUGGGGACUACGGCUGCUACUGCGGCUUGGGAGGCAGCGGGACUCCAGUGGAUGAACUUGACAGGUGCUGUCAAGCACAUGAUCACUGCUACUCAGAGGCAAAGAAACUAGAAUCAUGCACAUUCCUCGUGGACAACCCCUAUACGGAGCCGUACCGCUACAACUGCUCCAGCGGGCAGAUUACGUGUGACC